CUGUGCAAGCAGACGCCUUGCAGUCAUUUCUGCAGAACUUCCAUACAAACACACUUGGGGUUUUUUCCUUCAAGCUGGCAGAGGCCAUGGGACAAGAAGAAAGUCACAAUGAGGAGAUGGACUUGGCAAGGAUUCAUGAGCUGUGUGUCAUUUUCAUGAAGGAGUGUCCGAGCGGUGCCCUGCACCUGCAUGAGUUCAAGAAGAUCUUUGGAGUUCCAAGCAGCUCUGUAGAGGAGUCCCUUUUCAUAGAAACAAUAUUCAACUCGUUCGACACAAACAAGGAUAACACACUGGAUUUCCUCGAGUAUGUGGCAGCACUUCACUUGAUCUUACGAGGUAAUCUUGAAGAUCGGCUCAAGUGGUCCUUCAAGAUGUAUGACAGUGAUGGAAACGGCAGGCUGGACAGGACGGAGGUGAAACGGCUUGUCAGGAUUCUUUACAAAAUCAAACUCCACAAGACUCACAUAAGCAUGACUCCAUCCCAAAUCUGUGACCGAAUCUUCCAGCUGGUUGACCAGAAUAAUGAUGGUGAGAUAACCUUGUUGGAGUUCAUGGAGGGAGCUCAGAAGGAUGAAUGGGUCAUGGACCUACUGAAGCUUGAUGUCAACGCCACCGGCUGGGUCAUUCAGAACUGCGGCAGACUGGAAUCAGCUACAUGAUGUAUUUGGAGGCCGACAGAGUGGUGCUAUCUACAUACCUGAGGUUUAAAAGUUUGCCUUUGUCUCCACGUUCAUCUCCCUGCAACUUGGAGCUGGAGCACAGUGAACUGUUUCAUAGCUGCAGUUCAGCGGGGGUGGUUGGUCCAACAGUCCAACAGGCAUUGCUUUGUGUCUGUGGUCCAAGCUUCUUAUCAGACUUAUUUUUCAAAAUGUCAAAACUGGAAAAAAAUAGCACUUAGCUUCAGGCAGACUCCAUGUCAUUUCACUGGACAAUAUCCAAAAACAGGUGAAAAGAAAAAGAAGAGAAAAAAUAGAACAAAAAGAAAAGAAACGUGUGCAAUGACUUUAGUUAAUCACACACUGUUUCAGGAUAUCAAGCAACAUUUGUCCAGCUAAAGAAAUCGAAACUCACAAAACGUCUUGUUAAAUGCAGCUGAUGUAAAUUCAUAUUCAUGUGUUAUUAUUAUAUUCUUAGAUCCAUAAUGGUUACCCAUACAGGAUCAUAUCUAUAAAUAUAUUAAUACAGAGAGACAGAGUUAAUUUACACUGUCAACAAAAAACUGAAGCACACCUUAUUUAAGCAUAUUUAUAUAUAAUAAGUUAUUAUGAUGAGGCUGUAUACUCUUGAUUUGGACAUUAUGAACCUCUUCUGUUGGUAGUGUUCAAUCAUCAGAGUAAUGUAAUGAACGAUACUUACAGUCAUGUGAAAAAGACAUUUCUGAUAGGACUCUGUAGAGUUAUGGAGUCAUUGUUAGCCUGCGGGUCUUCUUUUCUUUUUUUUCCCGCCCGCUCAUAUGUAGUGUUGCUGUGUGCUGUUCUAAAGUGCAUUUAAAACACAGGAGAGCAUGGUUCCUGCUUCCUAUCAGAGAGCAGCACGGCUCCUCCCGAAAACCCUCAGUGUCUAUAUGCAUUUAAAAUUGAGGGUAGGGCACCAGCGCCAGAGGUGGGUUGGAAUACACCGACCAUCCUCUGGAUGCUGUAAAACGUGCCCACCCCCAAGGCC